UUCCUUUUUCAAAUCUUUUGGAGGUCAUACUCAUAGCCUCAUAGGAUAGGGGUUGGAGUUGCGAGACUGGUCAAUGAAAAGAAUACCUCCUAUUUUUUGUUCCUUCUUCGCGCUCUCUCUCUCCCCCACCCCCCUAUGUCAAUGAUACUUUUUCAGUUUUUUUUGGCCCCGAAUAUCUUCAUGAUUUAUUUUCGCUGAGUUUCCGUUUUCCUUCUCUUCUUUUCCUACCUUCUUGCAGCGCACGCCCCCUCCUCUGUCCUCAAAACUCUUUUUCUUAGAUAUUUUCCUUCUCUUUCCGAUUUUCUUUUUACCCAAAUUUAUUUAGUAGAAUUGUCUUGGAAACUUCGUUCAGAUUCUAGUUUGGCGGUGGUAACGUCUUUAUGAUUCGUUCGCAUGGACUUCCCUGCGGCUUUGAAUGCUUGGAUGAAGAUUGCCUACGUUGUGUUUGCAUUCUGCUCUGCUUUUGUUUGCGGUGCUAUAAAAGGCUUGCUUGUGGGUCCUGUUGCUGCUCUGUUGUUAAUUAUAGGGAAUGUAAGCGUAAUUUUGGGGUUGUUCCCUGCACAUGUGGCCUGGACUGUUUACACCCUUCUAAAGAUUAAUAUUGUUGAUGCCGCUAUGAAAGUUGCUGUUUUGUUUGCUUUGCCUGCGUUGUUUGGUUUAUGGUUGGGUCUGGGCAUAGCCGGAAGCGUUCUCGUUGGGGUAGGAUAUGGCUUUUUCACCCCAUGGGUUUCUACUUUUGAGGCCUUCCGCCAUGAUGACGAGUCCAAGAAGUUUCUGCACUCUUUUGUGGACGGUACCUGGGGAACUAUCGAAGGGAGUUGCACCGUUGUUAGAGAUUUUGCAGAUAUAUGUUACCAUUCAUACUCAGGUUACUUGAAGGAAUUGCGUGAGUUGCCUGCUUCUGACGAGCUUCAAAGGCUGAGGCUAAUUCAUGUUCCUGCCUGUAUCAUCGUGGGAAUAAUGGGGCUAAUUGUUGAGAUUCCUCUUUUUACUGCAAUUGCCAUUGUAAAGAGUCCAUACAUGUUGUUCAAAGGCUGGUUCCGACUGAUUCAGGAUUUAAUUACUAGAGAAGGCCCAUUUCUUGAAACUGCUUGUAUCCCAAUAGCUGGAUUGACAAUACUGAUGUGGCCGCUCGCUGUCAUUGCUAGCAUUUUGUUGGCUAUUUUCUCCAGCUUUUUUAUCGGACUUUAUGCAUCUGUCAUCGUGUUUCAGGAAAGAUCCUUUCGAAGAGCUGUAGCCUAUGUGAUUGCAAUGGUCGCUGAGUUUGAUGAGUAUACAAACGACUGGCUCUAUCUUCGCGAGGGAACUAUAUUUCCAAAGCCCCGGUACCGAAAGAAAAGGGUUGCGCACUCGUCAGAAUUUUCUGUGAAAGGUAAUAGUGUAGCCGGAGGCAUGUCAGUUUCCACUACGGAUUCACCUGCAAUGUUUAUGCCAAGCUUAACUCCUUCAAGAUCAGUAAGAGAGACUAUUCAUGAAGUGAAAAUGGUUCAGAUCUGGGACAACAUGAUGAGGUCCUGUGAGAUGAGAGGCAAGGAAUUACUGGAUGCAAAUGUACUGACACAUGCUGACCUUUACGAGUGGUUGAAGGGAAAGAACAGCGAUGAAGCUGCCAUAGUUGGAGUUGGCUUGCCAUGUUAUUCAUUUCUACAAACUAUUGUGUCCUCCAUCAAGUCCAACUCAACUGGGUUACUGCUAAUUGAUGGUCUCGAGAUAACUCAUUUGAACAGACCCAAGGACAAACUAUUGGAUUGGUUCUUCAAUCCUAUAAUGGUUCUAAAGGAACAGAUUAGCGUCAUAAAAUUGGAGGAGGGGGAAGUUAGAUACUUGGAGAAAGUAGUUCUGUUUGGCAGCAAUGCACAACGCAUGGAAGCUUGGGAUAACGGUAGUUUAGUGCUUCGGGAUCCUCUUAGAGCUGCUCAAGUCCAGGGAAUUAGUAGAAGGAUGAUUGGAAUGAUAAAGAGUGUAUCGAAGUUUCCAACUUACAGGAGGAGAUUUCACCAAAUCGUGAAGGCUUUGAUCUCUCAUUAUGAGGAUCAUGACAUAUCUUUACGAUCUGGCAUGUUUAUAGUAUCGAAUGCUUCAGCUGAAAAUGUUUAGAACAUCGUAGCAUUGUUUCUUUCUUCCCUCCAUUAUUGGGAAUGGACUGCUGUGUAUAUUCCUUUAUUAGGUUUGUGAAAUGCUGUAGAGAAUGACUAGGGGGAUUCAAGCCA